AUGGGCGUCUACCACAUAGUACUAUUCAAGUUACGGCCGCAAUACGAGACGGAAGUAUUUGAGUACUGGAAAUCGGAAGUGCACAAGUUGGUUGGCGUCGUGCCAGGCUUGAGAUACGUUGAUGUAAGCAAACCACUGCCGGAGACGGCCGACCGUACGAGUGGUUACGACGUCUCUCUGGUUGCAGUGCUUGACGAGGCCAAGGACGCCUUGGUCUACGCACAUCAUCCAGCUCAUGAGAAGAUCAUAAAAGAGUGUCGGCCAAAGCUUUUCGAAGACUUGCUCAUCUGUGACAUGCCGUUCAUGGAUCGGUCUUGA